CUGACACUACUUCCUGUAAGGGAAGCUCAGUCAGCUGUCACAAUCCGCGAAGCGAGAAGAGGGAUCACAGGCGGAGAGAAUAACACAACACGAGCUAAAAUGUCGAGUUUUUCCAACAAGUUUAGCGCUUACUCGAUGACUCAACUCAACGAAAUUCUAGAGGACGACGAAAAACUCACAAAAAUGGUCCAGGAGAUGGACGAGAUGCAAGAAGUCCAGCAGAGCAAGGAGACGACGCUGGUCAGCAACCGAACCCUGGCGGAGCAGAACCUGGCCCUGCAGCCCAGACUGGAUCACAAGAAGGAGGAGCUCACCAAGCGCUACAACUGUCUCCAGGAGAGCUUCGAGUCCUACCAGCUCAGAAAAUCCACCCUAGACCACAAGUCAGGAAACACCUCCUUGGACAUUUUACUGGCCCUGCUGCAGGCGGAGGGAGCCAAAAUAGAAGAGGAGACGGAGAACAUGGCAGACUCCUUCCUGGAUGGUGACAUGACCCUGGAUUCCUUCAUUGACGCCUACCAGAGCAACAGAAAGCUGGCCCACUUGAGACGGGUGAAGAUCGAGAAGCUGCAGGAGAUGGUGCUGAACGGUCACCGGCUCCCCCAGGCGUCCGUCCCCAGCUCCCGAUCUCAGGAUGUGUCCUCCUCCCUCCUCAGCGAAGCCGGCAGCGGCUCCUCCCCCAUCGCCCAGCCCAGGAGGAAACCCCCGCUCCCUCCAUCCCAGCCCGCCCCGGUUCUAAAUCCGACUCCGACUGCCGCCCCCCAACCUACUCCAGCCUACUACUCGGCAUCUCCUUACCCGCCGAUUCCUCCCAGGACGGGCCAACCCUUCCCCAGUGUCCCCACCGGCUACCCGAACCACUUCCUCUCUCAGUACCCACCGGCUGUGCCUCAGCGGCCCCCGCCCCGUUUGGCCCCGCAGCCCGGUUUUAUCAUGCAGUAGAUAAAUAAAGGCAGUUGCCGCUCCAAGAGGAGUUUGUGUCGCAGACUUUUACACUACUGGAACUCUUCUGAGAACGAUUUAUUUUUUCCUACGAUGUCUGCCUCUCUUGGAAUACGACAAAUCACAACGCAAGAGGGCGGACCCGCGCUGGCCGGUCUGGCCAUGUUCAGCUGAAUCUCCUGAUAAUCUCUGUGGAUUCGCUCUCACCUCUCACUCCUUAACUCUCACUUAACACUCCCAACAAACAAAAAAGAAAAAGACGAGACUGCUCCUCUCUUUCGCUGGGCCCGACGCAGGCUGUCUAUGAGCUGGGACUUGUCAUGUAUCAGAGCCUUCUCUGACUCCUGCCGGGGCCGACCCGUCUCUCACCUCCAUUCAAAAAUGGUUCCUCAAGUUUUACGGAACGCUAAAGUCAUAAAAAAAAAAAGGGUUUGAUUAGUCAUUUCCACCUGCAGCAUAUUAACUUACUGGUAAUGUAUAUGCAAACAAAGAGAGACCCUAAUUACUGUGCAGUACAAUCAGGCGAAACUGCAUCUACGCUGUGACUUUUAUUUUUGAAAUCUAAAAAAAAAAUCACAAGGUACAUAGAGAUAUUUCUAGUGUCAGCGUUUGUUUAAGAUGUAUAGUACUAAUGGAGUUAUGUUAAUGAUAGACUGAUUAACUCGUGUGGGAAAGGAAGGGCUGUGGGGCUGUGGGUUGGCUUCACCAAUAUGCAGACGUGUCCUCAAGAGAGAGUCCGGAACCAAGAUGGCCGACUGUUGCGCUUGGUCCGUCUCAGUGGCAGAAGUCAAAAAAAGGAGAGGGGUUAGUGGCUGAACUGUUGGUAACAAAUGACUGGGCCCAGUUGCCUGAAAUGAAGGAUUUCUUUUUUUGUAUAGCCAUACAGUACACUUCUGACGUGUGUUGUUUUUCUGUGGGUUCCGGUUGUAAUGCAACACUCCCUUUAUUUUUUUGUUAUAUGGUCCUUUUGUCUUAAACCAUCCUCUAUCGGGAACAAAGAUUAUGGCAACCGUUCUUUGAGCAUCCCUGUUCAAUUUUUCUGUCACACUUGAGCACCAAAGACUUCCACUCCGUGUUCAACCUUUUUCCUUUUUGUUUAUGUAAGUGAAACAUUUAGUGAAAUAAUGCACCAUCCUUCCCGAACAUAUCCGUUUGUGACGUUGAGCUCAAACACUCCUUUUGUAACCAUGCAAGGGAGAUUUUUCUUUGGGAGGAACUUGCAAGGUCAACCUGGCUUUGGGAGGAACCAUUUUAUUUCAUUUUUUUUGUCUCUGGUGUGAUUUAAAAAGUCCCUUUUUUUAUUUUUGUUCUCCUCCUGACCGCUGUCGCUGUGCACUGUUGAAGAGCCAUGAGUGCCUACACUUGAAGUGACGUUGAUGGCGUCCUGCUGACUAACCAGGGCGUGUUGCUCUAGGCUCAGCUGUUGAGGUUAGAAUCCUCCCCCAACUCUCCCCUCUCCCCGUCCCCAGCAAGCCAAGCAGUUGGUCCUCUCCUCCUGCUGCCGAUUUCAUGUUCCGCCAGAUGGUAGGAAAAGGCGCUGUCUGACUGUUGACUGUCGGGCUUUGCUUCCCCAACUGGAAGCAGAAACGCCGGGACAGAGCGACACACUUAACACGUGCCAGAGAGACCCCCCCCCGGGCCUUUGCCUUGUGGUGCUUGUGCUUCUCUUCCUCCUUCCUAUUGAGGUUUGCUUGGGGUGAAUUGAGAGAUUUUGGCAUGUAUUGUUGUCGCUGUUAAUAUUAUUCUUUCUUAAUUGGUGAAAUAACAGGGCUCCGAAAUGUUUUGCCUCACAUCGUGGUGAUGACGCGCCGCCUCAAGGCCGAAAAGUGGGCCGCAAGACAAACAAAGCAUACCUGUCAGGGGGCAAAACUACAGAAAUGGCUGAAACUAAAACAUCAAAAUCCAACGAACCAGCAUUUAAAAAAAAAACAAAAAAAAAAACUAACAAUGGAUAAAUCUUUUG